AUGUGUUUCGCGCUGUGGUAUCAAGUUGCUGGCAGUGAGUUGAUUCACGAUGCGUCCGAUCACCUUUCACGGCUUUCAAAUAAGUCAUGGUUGUACGGCAUUGAAGCGUCGGUGUUGAACACUGAUGUCAUGCUGUCGAUGAUGAUCAUGAUGAAUGGAUCACUUGGAAGAGACUCCAAAAGACGAUUCUGAGCAGAUAAAUGUUACAUUUACUGCGGCCUCAUGAACGGGCACACUUUGCGCUCUAGCAGUGAUACGAAUCCCGUUACCAUCACUUUCUCCAACGAGUCAAGCUGGAACGUGCUUCUCCUCUGGUAUGACUAUGAGGGUCGGUGCGUCCUGUAUGCAUCCAUCAGGUCCGGGCGAACGUGUAGUUUGUUCAGUUUCCUCACGCAUCCUUGGGUUGCGGUGGACGCUAUUUCCUUUUGCCCAAUGUCGCUCACGGUCUCUGGUCGAACAGAUGAUGCCGAUGCAAAUCCACGGGAAUGGACAAAUCUGUGUGUAUUUAUCCCCUCUGAGAGAUAUCUUUCUUCGCAGCAACCCAGCACUAUUUCGGUAUCGAUCAAGCUCCCAGGGGCGCGUAGUGAGUGUGGUAACCACAGGGGGAUCAGCCUGACCCCGGUUGUAACGAGACUGUUGGCGUCAAUUGUGCUUCGUCGCCUUACGGUGGCUCGUGAGAUACUGACCCGAGAGCAGCAAGCGGGAUUCCGGCCUGGUAGGGGUUGUGUUGACCAAAUCUUCACACUGCGUCAAGUGCUAGAACAACGCCAUACGUAUAAGCGACCCACGAUUCUAGUAUUCCUGGAUUUCCGAGGCGCAUUCGACUCGGUUGAUCGGUCUGUUCUUCUUGAGACGCUUGCCCACCAAGGAAUGCCCCGGAAGUUUGUAAACAUAAUACGUUCUUUGUAUUCUCAGACUUCCGGACGUGUGAGAGUGUACGGAGAGCUCUCCAAAAGCUUCCGCACACAAAGCGGUGUCCGUCAGGGAUGCCCACUCUCUCCAUUCCUUUUUAACUUUGUGAUCGAUGAAAUAAUGAGACGAACGCUGGAGGGUCUCCAAAACCCUGGUGUUCAAAUAGCCAGUGAAGAAAACCUUGUCGAUCUGGAAUAUGCAGACGACAUCGUUCUCAUGUUCGAAGAGGAGGAGAAGGCGCAAGUAUUCUUGGAUGAACUGACCAAAGUCAUCCCGUCCUUUGGUAUGCACUUUGCACCCACAAAGUGUAAGGUCAUGCUUGUGGACGUACAGUCACUGAACACGCCACUUACAAUCCAGGGAGAAGUACUGGAAGUUGUGGAGUGUUUUACGCAUCUUGGUAGUUGUAUUAGUUCUGACUGUAGUGUGACGGAUGAGGUGAAUGCACGAAUCUGCAAGGCUCGGGCCGCGUUUUCUAACUUGAGACACCUAUGGCGUCAGAAUGGUUUAUCCCUGAAUCUGAAGGGGCGUGUGUAUCAAGCUACAGUACGGGCUGUUUUGUUGUAUGGCUGUGAGAUUUGGCCUAUUCGAGCAGCGGACCUGAGACGUCUUCAGGUGUUCGACAAUCGUUGUCUGAGAUCCAUAGCUCGUGUGGGUUGGUGUCAGCGAAUCCGUAACGAGGCGGUUAGAAAGCGUGUUUUCGGUUGUGUAACGGGUACUUCCAUUGAAGAAUGUGUCCAGCACCAGAAGCUGUGUUGGUUGGGACAUGUUUUACGCAUGCCGAAUCAUCGUUUACCGAAAAGAGUACUAUUUUCUAUACCCAAUUCGGAGUGGCGUAAACAGAGAGGUGGCCAACCCUUGACUUGUCAGAGGAGUAUGAAGGAGAUCAAGAAACGCUUGGGUUCUACUCGCCUUCCAGGAUGGGGACCGCGUGAUCCUCACUGUGCCUGGUUGGAGACACUACAAGAUAUGGCUGCCAACCGAUACGCCUAUCAGCGUCGUAUUCAUGAGCUAAUUCAUUUUAUCGACGGCAUUGCACAGCACUGGUGGGAUCGCCUAUACCAAUACAAGUUCAAUCUUGUUAAGCGCCCCAGUAAAAGUGCCGAAGAGAUUUGCUUUUAUCGCAACCGAUUAUGGGCGCACAUGCAACAUUUUACACUCCGAUCUGUCGUGCUAGCUGCGUCUGCUGUGGCCACUCUUGAACAACGAUCCGCUGCAGAUAAACUUUUGCCACCUAUUAACGUCUAUCUCAGUCCGACAUCAUACAAGCUAAGGGACGACAGUGCACUUUUAGAAGCAGCCAGUAAUUUGGCUCGUCGCCUUGGCAAUGUUGAAUAUCUGAAGCAGCGCCUACUUUUAUCCGUCCUAACUUGGAUAACUUCCGACGGCCGUGACUUUGGAUUGAGGGCACAACGGGUUGCACACCUUGUUCGAUACACAGAGCCAUGUUUGAUUGAGAAAUUCUCGGGUAUACAGGCGGUAUUAAAACAAUACUAUCGACCAAAUCAAUCGACAGCAAAUCUAAAAAUCGAUGAAAAGGCUGAAGUCACCACAGCCACCAGACUAAGCACGACGAACGCACGCAUAAUGGAGGCAGUGAAUUGUGUCUUUCUACAAGCUCAUCAGUAUAUUACCGUCCCUCCGACAGUAACGCCCGUUCUGUCGAUAUUCCACUAUCCUAAGAAGAAGAAGACUUUGUAUAGACGUAGCACACUACUGAUAAGGUUGCUGAAAAUUCUUCAACAACCCACUACCUAUAUAUUUGUAAUGUACUACUCAUAA